GUCUUCUCUGACAAAUCAUCAAUAGCCAGGAACCUGUAGCAGGCACACUUGAAUGCUCCCACCCACAGACAUUUUACAGAAGUAAAAAGUUCCUUUUUCAUUUUACUGGCAAACAACAACGAGGCCUCGUUCAGUUUGAUUUUGCCUGACCAAGCUGCAGGCCUCUGAGCACAGCUAAGGUCACAAGCUCCUGCUAUACAAUAAGGGACAUUUUUUUGGGGUUGGUUUUCGUUGAGUGAGAGGAAAUUUUGAAACAUUGUGCAAUGGUGCCACAAAAGUUUUGAAAGGUUGUGAGAGGGUUUUUGCCAGCAAAGUGUCUCAGAGUCGGUUUGUUGGAGAAGAGGUCUCCAUGUUGCAUUCAUACAGAAUGGAGAGCUACCUCAUCCCUCCUCACACAGAAGAAAUGUACGAGUCUGACAUCUACAGACAUCAAAUUACAGAAUAUUAUAACCCAUAUGUACUAGAUGCUGACAUCCCAGCAGAUCACUGGGACUACCAUUCGCACCCCCACGUUCACCCUGUUGAGUUUGAAAACCUGCAAGAGAGCAACUUCACAGAGCUGCAGAGCGUCCAAGCUCUCCAUCCGACUGGCCUCAUACGGCACGACCCCCUGCGGUAUGAAGCAGAGAACCUGCUCGACCCGAACCUAGCCGCACAUUCACAUGUGUUGCAGCAACCAGUAGCUUUCUUCCCUCGAGCUGUAUAUCCACCUCGUGUAACCCCACGCAGCUCUGAUGAUGAGGAGCAUGGAGGAAGGAGUCCGCCCCUCGAAGUAUCAGAUGAAGAGUGCUUGAGAGAUCGAGUCCCUUACGUCACAUCAGGAGAGCUAGGUAACAAAAAAAAGAUUCGUCUGUACCAGUUCCUGUUGGACCUUCUAAGAAACGGAGACAUGAAGGACAGUAUCUGGUGGGUGGACAGAGACAAGGGGACCUUUCAGUUUUCGUCUAAACACAAGGAGGCUCUUGCACACCGCUGGGGAAUCCAGAAGGGAAACCGGAAAAAAAUGACAUAUCAGAAGAUGGCUCGUGCCUUGCGCAAUUACGGCAAAACAGGCGAGGUGAAAAAAAUUAAGAAGAAGCUCACGUACCAGUUCAGCGACGAGGUGUUGGGAAAGAGUCAUCUGGAGAGAAAAUCUUACAUUUAGGCUGUAAAUAUUUUCUAGUAUACCUGUAGCUACAUUGUUGAACCUGGUGAUCAGUUAGAUAGCGUUAUAGAAAUGAAAAAGAUGAUAUUGUACAGUACCAGUCUUCCCAAGAGCAUGGUACAUAUUUUAGUCAUCAUGCUUUCAUGGUCUCUAGGCUCAUUCUUUGAGAAAAUAUGCAGGGAAACCACUUGGUGAGUUAUAAAAGGUCAUUAAGGUGCAAAACUCAGUAAAAAACAUCAAAUAAGAAGCAUACAAAGUAUCGCUUUAAUAGAAUAAAAACCUAUUAUUAAAUGUAACAAAUGGGAGUGAUUUGUAAGUGAAGUAUUUGAAAAAAGAAACAAAAUUAAUAAAUUAAUACAACUUCAUAAGCAAAGGCAACCAAAGCUAUUAAAAAUAUAAUUGUUUUCCUUUUAUUUCCUUCAUAUUUCCUGUAAUCCAUUUUUUUCUGUAUCUGCAAUUUUAUUUAAAAGACUUAAUAGAUUUGCCCAGACGUUUUUGAAGACUAUUAUUGAAGACUCUGUAGCGAAUUUGCUCAUCUUUAAACAGUUAUUCUGUCUUUCUUUACCUGUCUGAAUGUUUUUAGGCUGUAGAUUUAUACAUCAAUAUGAGAAGGCUCAAUUUGAGUAGCAUAAGGCCCUCAGUCCUCACAUCUCGUUGAGCCUUGCCCAUUUUCUCCACUGUGUUUGACACAAGUUCUCUUAUUUGUGUACAUUUUCUGUGUUAAUGUCGCCUCUUUAUAUAAGCAGGCUAAUAUUUAAACAGCCUGGAGGCAAAGAUGUGAUUAAGUAGAAAAACAUCUUCUGUGUUUAGGUAAUAUAUAUAUAUAUAUAUAUAUAUAUAUAUAUAUAUUGUGCCUUCUUAUACCAUAAAUUGUACAAACUGUAUGGCUGAGAAUUGCUCGUAAAGAAUAAAUUGUGCAUUAAUUAA